AGUCGGCUUUCAAACAGUUCGAGGGCUUUUCCUCUCUCUCACGAUUCUACCAAUGGCGGACGAGAAGACGCCCUCAAACCGGACCGUAAACUCCGCCUACACUGAGGGAAACCCGGACGUGGGCAGAAACCGGAGAGAUCGCGCAAAAAAGUUUCGCGCCGGUGCGUGUAGCAGGUUGUCGUUGGUUAGCGUUGCGUUGUGGGUAGAUACCGUAGUGCUGCUUCGCAACCCAGCGCUGAUGUCUUCCAUGUUGAGGUGAAAUCCGUUCUCAACGGCGCGGAGUGUGUCCCACUGAUGGCGGAGUGCCCGUGGAAAGCUUCGACGCGGCGGACCUGCUGACGAGGUCGACUAUGGAAUGCAACAGCCCUGGAAUUGGACUUCGGAAGUGCGCCGACGGCCACUUCGUUCGGUGCGUCGCGUUGUGUCUGAUCUUCACCUGUGGACAUUUGGUCGCCGGCUACGACGCUGGAUGCGACUGGGAUGGCAGUGGUCUCAGCGGUCCGGACCACGCGUCGCUGUCCAAGUGGACCAAGUCCCGGUCCGUGGUACCGGUGUACCUCCGGUGCGACCAGGGCAGGGUGACCUGGAGGUACCCCAGGGGUGCACUCAGGGUGCUCCUCCGGCUAGGGGGCACUUCUGGUACCCCGAGGGACUUCCGGGCGUGCGUCAAGAUCCCGGGCAACUCCACCGGUGCUGCCGUGCAUCUCGAAGGACAUCGUAGGCUUAUCCCAAUAUACAAGGGUCCGUCGGCAGACGGCCAAGAUCAAGUGCUACGGUGCUUCACGUCUUACAAGGGACAGGCGGCGUUGUUCCUCGAGGCCACCCCUGAGGGCAAUCAUCUGCUGCGUCGAGACACCCUCCAUCUCUGGUACCACCUGACGCCGGUCACUUCGGCGCGGGACCUCGAAGAUGACAUGGCCGAAUGCCGACCAUGCAGCGACAGAGAGUUAUUGCACCACUACUGCUCUAGCGAUUUUGUCGUCGAGGGUACGGUGACGUCCCUGAGGCACCUGGCGCGGCGUGACGUCACCGAAAUCACGGUGUCAGCAGCCCGCGUCCACAGGGACUCUCCCCGGGAGCCCGCCUUCGCUGCCGCCCGCGACCGAAAAAACAUGGCGGCGGCCGUCUUGGAGCGCCCCCUCAAGUGCGGCACCAAAGCCGGAAAGGGACACUUCCUCUUCCUCGGCGUCCGAGUGCUGGGAAAGCCGACUCUCCGCUGCGCCCCGAGGCUGAAACACUGGCGGAAACUACGGGAUCGUGCGCGCCGCGACGGCACCAGUCCGUGCACCCUGCUGUGACGACACUGUGCGUGGUCUUCGGUGUGGAAUUUGUGGAGUGACUCUCUGGCCUCGAGGAGACGGACGGACCCUGUGCGCGUCGUCGGAGAUGCCGCGUCCUGUAAAGCUGCUAUCAGAUUUCAAUAGGUCCUAGAUACGAAAUAGUGGGGAGAUAUACGAUGUUGCGGCCUGUCUGCCGUGUGUACGAAGGGAAUGCAUUUUAAAGUCGGAGUCACUCCGCUCGUCUACCCUGGCCGCGGUUGAAGGGAGUGUGAAAACUGCAUUGUUUACCGUGUCGUUGCCACUCGCCUAUCAUAAGUUUAUUUUCUACACGAAUGAAGCUCUUUGACCCAAAUAUGUUUUUUUUUUCUGUUUUUGGUUGUUACUUUUUCCUUUACAAUCUGAACCCAAACGUUGUUGUGUUUUUUUUUUUUUUUUUUGUACUGUUUGCGACGUUUUGUUUCCGGUGGGUUUUGUAUGCUUCGUUUUGCUUUCGCGAGGAUUAGGGUGAGGGGUGCUUGCCAAUGCCGUGCCAAAUCAAAGGAACAAGACACUAAUGAAGACUGUUCGAAGAGGUGGUGAAGCUAGUUUCAAUCAAUCGAUCAGCUUUCUCUUUUUUCCCCAAGGCGAAAACACUGAACGGCCCAGGUGUACAAAAGACAGUGACGUCGUGAAAGGAACAAUUCAGUGCCCCAAGCUCUAACGGCGGUCUCGAAUACAAAAUUUUCAAAUGAGGUUCUAAUUUACUGGCCACAGAAAUGUACCACGCUGCUAUUGUAGCGCCUUCGCAGUUUGCUUGCUUUACGAUGCAUGACGCAACGGGUGUCUGUGGGUGUGCUUGAGCGACGACAAUUUCCCUGAUAUACCAUACUGCGCAGUGCCACAGCGGAAAGAGCAUAAUGCAAACCAUUCAAUCAAGUGCAAUGUUUGCCAGUGUGUAAUGUACAUAACUGUUUUGCUUUAUUUUUAUUUUUGUACAUAUUCAGGAUUUAUCUUAGGCCUAUUGUGUUUUUUUUUCCCCAAGGUCACCGAUCUCGCGCUGAUCAGCGGUAGUACUUAAUGGUCAGCUUUGCUUCGCUGCUGCACUAGCUUCGGAACCGUGCAGCAAAGUAUACGGUUGUUUUGAGCUUGUGCAAUACGUGCAGCCUAUGAACUGAAACAAGUGACGAUGUCCAGCGAAAGCAGAGCUCCAACGAACUGAAUAGACGCACGAUGUCGAUCAAUCGACCUUUUUUUUUCGCACUGAGGCGACACCAAGUGGCGAAAGCAUGAAGUGCCAUUGGCGUCCGGAAGGGAAUUUGCACUACAUCUUGUGCCUCCUCUACGAUUCGUCUGAGUUGUGGACGAGGCAGGAGAGGUAGCGAAACUCCCCUCUUUGAGGACGCCAACCCUAGUUCGAGCUUUCGCCGUUGCGGCAAGGGGGGCCUGCGCGUGAGCAAAACUCUUAUUGGAAAAGGUAAUUUAAAGAGGCCACAUUUUUUUUAUAUAGAAUCGGCAAAGCCGUCCUUAUAAGUGUAGUUAAAAAAGCUGACUAUUGACUUAAAACCUUUGGCUGGUGACGUUUCUGUCAUUCACUCAUGUGCCGGUGAAAGAACGGUUCCUGAUUAUUUUGAUUUGCGAUUUCACGCGAUGCAAUAAGUCACCAGGCUUCUGCGGUGGAAACUGGACGAACAAGUCAGAAUUAGUGUGUAAAUACGCAUUAUAUGUACAAAUACGUGUAUAAUAGUGUAGAUACGAAUUGGAAACAAAAUAAAAUAUCUUGUUGCAGGA